UCAAAUGAGCAAGAACCUCUUAUUUCAAACACCAAAUACUUUGACGAGAGUGAAAUACAGUUGGCUGUGACUUUAGGCUGGGAUGAUGUUGCGAUGUUCUCCAAGUCGGUGGCUCAACUCAAAGUGCCCCGAGAACUUUGGUCAUUGGUUAUGAGACUUGUUGAUCUCAACAGUAACACUGAUUUCCAGCUUAUAAACUUCCGGUCUAUUUCUCAUAAGAAAACCAGUGUCGAUUCUGUGGGAGACGAAACAGGUGAGGAUGAUGAUGAUGACAAUGUCACACCCUCCAUGCUUAACACUGAAAUGACAAACACCAAAUUCUUAUUAAGUUGAGCGAGAGAUGAAUUUGUUAGAAUUCAGAGAAAGGGAUGCUUGUGAAGAAUCCCACGUCUAGCUCUGGGGACAGUCCUGUAUUGACCGUGUGCGCCACUGUCGUUAAUUUCUUUGGUGAUCUUCCCGCAUUGUCGAGAUUUGUUGCUCUUCGUGGAACUGGUGCAAAUACACCAUGCUUAUCGUGUAACGAGGUCAAAGAAGAAGUUGAAGACCCUAGUAAGCUGUACUCAGAUGGGCAUCCUGUGACGAUUGAGUACAAUAGAUGGCUGUCCUCCGAGGAAAAUGGUUCGUCUGUUUCUUGGGCUGAGAAAGUGGGUAUUGAAUUUGAACAUUUAAAAGGGUACGUCGAGAGAUUCAUUGAGGAGGAUACGAUAAAGAGGAAAGUGGCUAUUCCUUUCUGUAUGACCUCAUCUCAGACAGCAGAGGGUGAUAAGUUUCGUCAGAGAGGCCCGGAAUUUCGGGAGAUGCUAAAGAGCUUGUGUCCAUGGGUCAAAAUUCCAGCGGGGGGGGGGGGGUACUGCGAUUCAGAUAAACAUGAAAGCACCAAUUCCUGUAAUGAAUCUACUCCUAUGAGACUUUUGGAAACAAAGAUUGAGGAACUCUUAGGGGUAAUACGUCUUCAUAUAGGAAGCUGUACGCCAGUUUAUGAUUUUGACUUAUCUAUGGGACAAAACAGAAUUAACGGGGUUGACGUCAUGUAUUGUCUAUGUGAAAAGCUAUUUCCAAAGAUGCUUAGACUUCUUUCAGAUGCCAAAGACACGUCUCUACUAAGCCGGAAGUAUGCUUUACCUCCUCUUAUUCUGACAAAUCUGAUGGCUGCAUUAAAGAGUUUGUUAGGUGCAUCAGAUAUAUGGCCAUCAGAGUUUGGGGGAGCCACCAACCUUAGCUGACACUUUUGAAGCCUAUCUCAAAGCCGAGAAGGCACAGCAAUUGAUAUGUAUGGUUCCUGCAUUAUUGUCAUCUGAUUAUUAUUCAUGUCAUCUGGAUCCUGACUUUUUAAAGCUUUUCCAACUCUUUACAAAGAUGUCAAAGUUCCUGCUGGGACACAACAUCACGAAGGCAGAGACUCCA